AUGUUAUCGAAGGCUAUGGAAUAUUCGAGAGUACUCGUGAAGAUACAGAGUAGCUUACCAAUGCGAGGAUCGCUGCGAGUAUAUAGGAAGGGCCGAAACACUCGCAGACGACACGCUUUGCUGGUCAAACGUCUACCCCCUCUCGUCUCGCCUCUUGCCUCUCUCUUGUACCAUCUACUGUACACCUGUACCCGUAGAUAGCAUUAGUAACCUGCCUGCCGCCCCUGCCAGCUCCGAGUCAUGAUAUGACAUUCCAAGCACCAUUUACUAGAGGCUACGCCGCAUCCUUGCUCAGAUCCGAAUCUCGGUGGAGUAUGUACCAAAGUAGUAACAGUAACACAGUGUUACUGCGUGCGCUUUGCGAAUAAGACUGAAG